UUCCAGGGGACCCCUGCAGGAAACAAAGCUACAAAGGCGACCAGGAUUUAUACGGCAUGAACCCCUGUGGCCGGUUCCCGUGUCAAGAGACCAACGGAGGCCACAGCUGCAGCUGCAAUAUUUCUCCAUUUCCUCAAGCUAUGAGGCAACCUUUUGUUGAGGUUGAUAAUGGAUACGGCUCCAAAACAUGUGCUUACGUGGACGUGUGCGGGUCGUACUUCAAGAACCCCUGCUACGUGGGCACAUGCAUCAACGAUCUCAAGGGCUCCUACUCCAGCAUCUGCCCUCCCAACCACAUUGAAAGAGCUACAAAUUACGGCUUCCCAACCUGUGAUCCAGCGGAUACCACUGCCACCAGCAUGACGGUUAGUGGAGACAACUGGCAAUGUUCGGAUGUUUAUCCGAGUGUUGGCAUCUCCAUGAACAACUUCUUUUCUAACAAUCCGGGGAUAAACUGCAGCCAGCCAUUGGACAAAGGCACUAUUCUUCAGCUUGCUGGUACUCCUGGCACACCUUGCACUGCCUUCUUUUACACGAUCAAGGGUGACACUUGCUCAUCGAUCAGCUCGCAACUGGAUGGAAUCAAUCUGGACAUUCUCAACCCCGGCCUUGAUUGUUCGUCCAACAACCUAAAGGCGGGUCUGUCGAUCUGCAUCGAGCGCAGUGCUGAUUUCGCCUACAACGUCUUCGAGUGUUCGAGAUACAGCACGCUGACUUCUCAAGACACGUGCCAGGUGCUGUUUCAAAGGGCCGCCAAGGAGUCGGGAAGCACCUGGGCUGAUCUGUACCGCAGCAAUCCUGGCCUCACUUGCUCCAGAACCAUCCCUAGCGGGACUGAAUUGCAG